UGUUUGGAGGUAAUGCUGUGCAGUUUCCAGGACUUCACUUUUUAAUGCCUUCUCUGUUUUGUUUUUCUUAGGAUCUUGUUCUCUUAUAUGAUUCAUCAUGCAAUUAUGACCAAAGCACUUUGGAAGUAAAUUUAAUGAUGGACUCUACUGGACAAUGGAGAAAAUAUACAAUUUUUAUGUUUCAUUUUUUGGCGUUUAAUACCGCAUCCUCUCAUGAACCUUCGUCUGGAAAUACAGAGAAUGUGAGCAGUGAGAGACAGUUUGCAGAUAUCGUCUCAGGGCAGCAUACGCUUCCCUCCUGGUAUUAUACAUCUGUUGAUGCUAUGCCCAAGCAUGGCACAGUCAGCUCACUCUCUCAUAACAGAUGGCGAACACAGAUGGCCUUCUCCAAAAGUGUUUAUUCAUUUGAAGUGAAAGAAGACACAGUACCAGGAACAGUUGUGGGAAAGGUGGAAACAGUGUUUGAGAGUCCCACGCCUAUCACAUAUUCAGUGCAAGAGGAUGACGGGGAGAACCUGUUCCUCCUCAGCCCCGUCUCAGGGGAGUUCCUAUUAUCCCGCAGCCUGGAUUUCGAGGCACAGAGAUUCUACAUUCUCACAGUGGCGGUGCAGCAGGGGGAUUUACAAGUAUCCAGUGUCAGGGUAUACUUCAGUGUGUUGAAUGUGAAUGACAAUCCUCCUCUUUUCAGUCAGGACACCUUCUAUGCGUCAUUGCUGGAAGACACACGGGUGGGCAAUUGCUUCCUGUCUUUGAAUGUGUCAGAUAAAGAUGAUGGUGACAAUGGAGAGUUGAAACUGAAACUGGUCGAUGGAGAUGAAGGGACAGUGUUCUUCAUAAACUCAGCUGGUAGUUUAUGCCUGAACAAAGAGUUAGACAGAGAGAGACAGUCCUCCUACAAUCUGACUGUGGCAGCCAAUGACUGUGUCCAGCCUGUGUCUUCACAGCUCACCAGCACAGCACACGUUAUCAUGGUGGUUAAUGAUGUCAAUGACAAUGCUCCGUUGUUUGUGUCGGCCAAAAGUGUCAGUAUACCAGAGGACACUGCACUUCAUUCUGUUGUAAUGACUGUACAUGCUGAGGAUGAAGACACUGGACCCAAUGGGGAGGUUUUAUAUUAUUUAAACAGCACUUCCAGUGGUGCAUUCAGCAUCGAUAACAGAGGUGGAGACGUAUACCUGGAGGAGACAUUAGAUAGAGAACAGGUAGAUACUCUGACUAUAACUAUAACAGCCACUGAUAGAGGCUCACCCAGGAUGGCAACCACUAUGAAUCUAACAGUGCACGUUGAAGAUGCAAAUGACCAUGAUCCUGUGUUCUCACAAAGCACCUACAGUCUGACAGUAAGAGAGGAUAUCCCCAGAGGAACCAGCUUGUUUCUAGUUCAGGCUCAUGAUCAAGACACCGGACCAAAUGGACGAGUGCGGUACAUGCUGACCCAGGCAAGUCCGUUCGUGGUGGACGCGGUUCGAGGUGUGAUCACAGUCAUGGAUAAACUGGACAGAGAGAAGGACUCAAACUACACCUUAAGCAUAACAGUUGUAGAUCAGGGGGACAUUCCCAGAUCUGCUACUGCUGCUAUCAGUGUCACAGUGCUGGACAUCAAUGACUUUGCACCCCAGUUUUCUCCUGAAACACUGAUUGUACGUGUCAUGGAGAAUGAGGAGGACCCCUCUCAGCUAAAACAUCAGCUCUCAGCUUUGGAUGAAGAUUUAGGGGUCAACAGCCAGCUUACUUAUUUCAUACAGAAGGGAAAUAGUGAUGGUUUGUUCUCCAUCACUCCCAAUGGCACUUUUCAGAUUCUACACAGUCUGGACAGGGAGAAGGAAUCACUAUAUAUCGUCAUGGUUAUUGCUGUUGAUUCAGGAUUGCCACCUUUAACGGGUACUCUUACCGUGCAUGUCAUAGUGGAUGACAUUAAUGAUAAUUACCCAGAGUUUACUGAGGAAGUCUACAACACCAUUGUGUCUGAGGACACUCCCACAGGCACUGUGUUUGCCAUGGUAACGGCAUCUGACAGUGAUGAGGGUGUCAAUGGGGAGUUAAGGUAUUUCAUGGAGAACCCUGAUGUACCUUUUGCCAUUGAAGAAACAUCUGGAGAACUGUUUACAACCGAAGUCCUGGACAGGGAGACCGUAGCCAUUUACAGGCUGACAGUGAUUGGCAGUGAUAAGCAUCCUACUCAGCCUCUGUCAAGCUCAGUGAUUGUCACUGUGCUCAUUGGAGAUAUUAACGACCACUGGCCCCAGUUUAUGAACAGCCCCUAUGUGGCUUAUGUGCCCACUGAAAUGGCUCCCGGCUCGGUUGUUUGUGCAGUAAGAGCAACAGAUGAAGAUACAGAGAUGAACGCAGAGCUACAUUAUUCAUUAUAUGGACAAAGUUCAGAUUUGUUUGCCAUCGAUUCAUACAGUGGCACCUUGUUCACUUCAAGUGCUGUCCGGAGAACAGAGGAUAUUAUUAUUAAUGUGUAUGUGCAAGAUGCUGGAGAAAAACCUAAAUUUGACAUCACUACUGUGAGUGUCAGGUUUCAGAAUGUCUCUGACUUUCCAGAGAUGAAUGUGGAUGUUUUACGUUAUUCCCUCUCUGAGGACGAACCAGUGGGAACGUCAGUGGCUGUGGUCUCUGCAGUGAGUACCAGAGCUGAACCCGUCUCUUUUUAUCUCGCUUCUGGAAACUUUGAAGACACGUUUCAUGUGGAGCAAUUAAGUGGAGUGCUGACAGUGGAGAACCCUCUGGAUUAUGAGAACAAAAAGGAGUUUACUUUGUUGAUAGAAGCCAGAGACUCUGGCUCGCCUCCUUUCUCAUCAUUUGCAGAAAUUCACAUAAACAUCAGUGAUGCAAAUGACAAUUUCCCACAGUUCACUCAAGCUGAGUACCAGUGUGAGGUUUUUGAGAAUUCUCCACCGUCCUGGGUUUGUGAUGUUCUUGCGAUUGAUGCAGACUCUGACAUUUAUGGCACUGUGCAGUACAACAUAAUAGAAGGAAACACAGAUCAUUUUUUCACAAUUGACCCUGACAAUGGUUUAUUAAGCACCACUGCAAGUUUAGACAGAGAAAAUAUUCCUGAAUUCAAACUGAUAGUUGAAGCUGCAGAGCUAGACAAUCCUCUUCAUAUAGACAGAGCAACCAUCAUCAUUUGUGUUUUAGAUAGAAAUGACAAUGCACCUCGUUUUUCACAGAUUUUUUUCACCCAGGUACCUGAGGAUGCCCCUGUUGGACACACAAUCAUACAAGUCACCUCAUCUGAUGAUGAUACUGGUCCCAAUGCGGUUAUUAAUUACUUCAUAAUUGACCAAAAUGAUGGUAUGCCAUUUAAUAUUGACUUUACCACUGGCGACAUCACAAUUGAAAGACUUCUCGAUAGGGAGACGCAGGAUCAUUAUAUCUUGAAAGUAAAUGCAAAUGAUUCAGCAUGGAGCAUAAGCACAGAUGUCACUAUAGUCAUUACAGAUGUUAAUGAUAAUAGACCAGUAUUUUCUGAUCAUUUUUACAAUACUGUCCUUCCCGAAACAAAAGAUGAAGACGUGUUCGUUAUGCAGGUUCUUGCUACAGAUGCAGAUGCUGGGAAAAACAGUGAGAUUUUAUAUGUUAUUGAUCCUCCAAAUGAGAAGUUUUGGGUGAACAAUUCCUUUGGUGAAAUUUAUACCAAGCAGCCACUGACAUUACAUAAUUCUGCUUUUGAAAUCUACCAGUUUACAGUCAUUGCUUUUGAUUGUGGCAAUGCCCCCCUCUACAGUAACGCCACUGUCACCGUGAGAAUAGAGCCUUAUAACCACUAUCCACCACUGUUUCUGCCUUUACAACCCCUGAUUGCAAUCCCAUAUCACAUGGCUGUGGGAACAGAGGUGGUCCAGUUUAUAGCAAUAGAUCUGGAUGUCAAUAAUAGCAGUGCUAAUAUUGAAUAUAUUUUGAAUGGAGGUAACGCAUCUGAUUUCUUCUGGAUCGAAGCAAACAAUGGAAAAGUAAAGUUAAAGCAAAGUUUGACAGAGAACAUAAAUUUGUUUCUCACUUUAAUAGUUGUGGCAAAAGAUCAGGGCACCCCAUCUUUAUCAUCACAGACUGAGAUCACUUUUGAAAUUACUGGGAGGAAUCAAUUUACUCCAAGCUUUAGUGAGCCAGAUGCCACUUUCUCUGUCCCUGAGGACUUGCCAGUAGGAUCGGUAAUUGGGAGAAUUGAAGCAGAAGAUAGAGAUUAUGGUCCCAAUGGUGCCAUCAUGUACUGCAUUACCUCAGAAAAUCAAUAUUUACCAUUCUCUGUAGGAGAAGCCUCUGGGCUGCUAACACUAAUCAGAGAGCUUGACUUUGAAGAAGUAGUUAUUUACCACCUUCAAAUCAAAGCCACAGAUGGCGGCUGGGUCUCUAAAACAGGCAUGUUAAAUGUUACAGUGGUGGUUAUGGAUGUGAAUGACAAUCCUCCAGUCUUUUCAUCCUCAGAGUAUCUCACUUCAGUGCCUGAAAACUCUGAAAUUGGAGCAAAUGUCAUAGAUAUGAAGGCCGCUGAUGCUGAUUCAGGAGCAAAUGCACAAAUAUCCUACUCUCUAAUUGCUGGCCAUGUGGAUAGAUUUGCUAUUGACUCAAGAAAUGGAACAAUCACCACUUUAGAUGUGUUUGAUUAUGAGCAAGAGCAGAUCUUUGACAUAACAAUCAAAGCCUCAAACAUUGGCAGUCAUAAUUUAUUUACUUUGGCUCAUGUUGUCAUCCAAAUUGCAGAUGUCAAUGAGUUUACACCUACAUUCAACAACAAAGAAUUUAGUUUUUCAGUAUUUAAAAAUGUGCCUCUUGGAGCGAAGAUUGGAAAGGUAACAGCCACAGAUUAUGACCAAGGCCCUGAAGGUCAGGUGUUUUACCUGAUGUUUGGCCAAUAUAAAUAUAUGGGUUUUGAUAUUGACAAACUCUCUGGAGAAAUAUAUACAACUGGCAGUUUGAGGAAACAAGGCAACAGUCACAUAGUUUUAAAAGUUCUAGCAAAGAACUCCGGUGUCAUUACUGGCAUGGAUGUAGAUGAAACGUUGGUCCACAUCAGUGUGAUUGACACAAAUGAUGCGCCCAUGUUCACCUCUGCACUUUAUUUGGCGAAUAUGAUGGAGGACAGCCCAAUUGGGACGUCUGUGAUUACUGUGAGCGCUCUGGAUCAAGACUCCAUACUGGACUGGAAUCAUUUCUUCUUCAGCAUUGAAAGUGGAAAUACAAACCUCUCCUUUGCUGUUGAUCCACUCAGUGGUGUUAUUUCAGUGAAUUCUCCACUGGACAGAGAGCUGUGGGCAGUUUAUAAUCUGACUGUUACAGCCACUGAUAAUGGCUCUCCACCAGCCACUGGCACUACUGCUGUCAUUGUGACUAUUGGUGACGUUAACGAUAACUCUCCCGAACUUACAUUAACUGAGGCUCAGGUGAAGGAAAAUCAGCCUCAAGGCACAAUAGUAGCCAAGUUAAAUGCAUCUGAUUCUGAUUUGCCACCAAACCAGGGACCGUUCACUUACUGGCUGGUAAAUCCUUCAACAGACAGGGCUUUUUCAUUGACUCCUGAUGGAGUUUUAUUCACCACAAAGCCCAUUGAUCGGGAAGAGAUCUCUGCAUUUCGAGUCAUGUUGGCUGUUAGGGAUGCAGGGAUUCCUGCACUGUCAUCCACAACAAUGUUCCACAUCAGGAUUGUGGAUGAAAACGAUAACCCUCCACUGCCUAGAAACAUCUUCAUUGAGGUAAAAUAUUUUGGCACUUCUUUCCAAGGAGGCAUGAUUGGCAGCGUCCACCCUGAGGAUCAGGAUGAGUCUGAUACAUUUAUCUGUGGUAUCAAAAGCGGGCCGCUGAACAUGUUCACGAUACCUAAUGGCACAUGUGAACUGUGGUCUUCUCCUUUUCAAGGCGAGGCUACAUUUAAUAUCACUAUAGAAGCAACAGAUCAGGUUCAUUUCUCAGUCAACAACAGCAUCUAUGUAAACUACAAAGGUUUCACAAAUGCUUCUAUAGACAGUUGUAUAUUAUUCUACGUUUCAUCAUCCUCAGUGGAAGAGUUUUUGUCUAAUAAGUAUUUGAGGUUUGUGAAAGCUCUGGACAGUCUGUUUAACCUGCAGGCCUCUAAGACUCAUGUAUUUGGGAUCAAACAUAUUGGCAGUGAAGUUCUUCUGUUGGCUGCAGUCAAAAAUUACAAUGGUGAAUAUCUUAGCAGAGAAGUGGCGAGUGGAAUCUCUGCUGGACAUAAGAAAUUAUUGGAGUCUCAGAGCAAUAUGACGAUAUCUCACAUCACCAGUGAUCCAUGUCUCACCAGCCCUUGUCAAAAUGGGGCAAUGUGUAACAAGAACAUUUACAUCAGCCAGGAUGUUGCUGUCCUAGAAAGCCUGGUGGUCAUCUUUGUGUCCCCACAGAAGGAGGUUUUUAAUUGUACCUGUCCAGCCGGCUUCACUGGGACACUAUGUGAAGAUGAUAUUGAUGAAUGUGAGGUGAAUAUCUGUGAGAGUAAAGGCACAUGUGUGAACACUGCAGGAAGUUUCUACUGUCAUUGUCAGAGCGGCUUUUCUGGCUCUCUCUGCUCUACUGAUGUAGAUGAAUGCCUGAAGGUGAGGUGCCAAAAUGGAGGAACUUGUAUUCCCACACAGGAUGGAUAUUACUGUCACUGUGUGCCUGGAUUUGAAGGAGAAAAGUGUGAGCAAUUCAUAGACCACUGUAGAUCAACCCCCUGUGUGCAGGGCAGCUGCAUCAAUUCACUGACAGGAUUCUCUUGUCACUGUCCCUUUGGAGUCAGUGGAGUACACUGCGAGGAGCACAGUUAUGGCUUUGAGGAGCUGUCCUUCAUGGAGUUUCCCCCAUUAGACCGCAGGACUAAUUUAAUCUCUCUAGAGUUUGCGACAGUGCAGAGGAAUUCCAUGCUCCUCUACAACCCCGGAGGAUCAUCCAGCAGGGAGUUCUUGGCACUGGAAAUACUCAAUGGAGCCGUACAUCUCUCUUAUGACCUGGGUUCAGGAACUGUGAGGCUGCAGACAAACAAGCAAGUGGCAGACGGGUAUUUUCACAGUGUCACUGCCAGAAGGAUUGGCAAUAUGGGAUCUUUACAUGUGGACAACUGCACAGAUGUUGAGAACAAUGGAUUUUGUUUUUCACAGAGUGAUGGCAGUAGCUCAGAGAGGACCCUAGAUAUUGGCAACAGUAAUAUGACAUUUGGAGGACUGAGGACUGCUGAAUUUAUUUUACUCCAUCCUGCUCAGAUAAAAACCCAUGACUUUGUUGGAUGUGUUCGAAACUUUCAUGUUAAUGGAAUUCUGCUGAGACCUUCAAUGGCCCUGGCAACAUACAACAUCCUUGAUAGGUGUCCUCGAACAACAGUGUCGCCAUGUCACGGCAACCCAUGUAAGAAUGGUGGUGUGUGCCAUGACCUCUGGUCUGACUAUCUUUGUGAGUGCAAGAGCCCUUUUAUUGGAAGUAAUUGUGCCAAAGAAAUAUCAGAAGAAGUUGUAUUGCGAUUCAAUGGGAAUGACUACAUUGAGUAUGUCAUCAAAGAGAGCUUCAAGAGAGACUACCUGCUAAAAGACCUGCUGGAUGACGAAAAAGAGGAAAACAACAAAGACCAAACAAUGAUUAAUAUUAAGUUUAAGACCAAAGACAAUGGAGUAUUAAUGUUUCUUACUGGACAGACAGGAUAUUUUGUCCUGAAGAUAAAAGACAGAAAGCCUGUGUACCUCUCCAAAGACACACUGUCAGGACACCUGUCGGAGUUCACUGUGGACUCUCCAGUGGCUGACGGGGUCUGGCAUGUCCUCUCCUUGUUCAGUAAUGGACACAUCACUUUUCUUACUCUGGAUGGAAAACAGGUUUUGAACAUCACUGACCAAAGUAUGGAUCUGACUCCUGUUAGUGUGGAAAAGAUUGUUCUUGGUGCAGCUCUGACAGGUGAUUCAAAGGUCCAACAGUCAGGGUUCACUGGAUGUAUGCAGUAUUUCAAUGUGACCGGUUACACUCUGCCUGUCAGUGGGCACAGCAUGACGGUGGACAUCUGGCCAAGCUGGACUUUUAUCCAGUCCAGCUGCAUCUCUCCUGGUGUCUGCCUCCCCUCACCCUGCUCUGAGAUUGACACUACCAGGAGGGGUUGUCUCUCUGGACAAUGUCAAAAUCGGUGGAGGUGUGGACCUGCUGUGCAGAACAGAUCCUGCAUCUGUUUACAUAAUGUUUCUCACCACACCUGUGAUAUCUGCACCUCUACAACAGAAAGCCGUGAUCAGUGCUCUGAGGCACAGCGCAGCGUGCCUCUGUGGCUCAUAGCUGUGAUUCUCCCUCUCAUCUCUGUCCUGGUUAUUAUAGGAAUGUUUGUUGCCCUUUAUAAAGCGAGGCGACAGAAUGCAAAGUGUCAGAGUGGUAGCUUGUCACAGAAGACAGAACAAGGGACAGACAAUGUAGCAUUUUGUUUUGAUGAUAACAUAAUGCUCCCAGAUGCUGCAUGUGCAGAAGAAAAGAAACAUGACCCACUGAGUGCCAAUCAGCAGAGGUCAAGCGUGGAGUUUUACUGUGAUGACAGUCUGUCAAGUGUUCAGCCAGAGCCAAACAGUGAGCUGGAGUAUUAUGAAAUCGGCAGCAUCUCUAGUGCAUUUCAUUCAGACACUGCCUCACUCAAGUUUAGCUGGCACAAGCAUUUGUACGGCACAAAGUGUGUGAAAGGUGAUCCUAAACGGUGGGGAGAUUUGAAGAUGCUGUUAGCAGGAUUUAAGAGGAGAGAAGAGAGAUCAAGCGAAGAGAGAUCAAAAAGUCCAGCAAAACAUCAAGACAAGCAGUUGUUGACAAGGAUUGAUGUAGAGCGGUCACAGCAUGUACUGCCUUGUUACAUGAAGAGGAUCCCACAACCAGAACUCCUGGAACCUGUGCAAUGCCUCACUUUUGAAGAAAUCAGUAAACUAGAUGCUCCACUGGAGCAAACAAUGUCACAUCGCGCAUCCCUGAGGUCUGGACACGCUAACUCUAGCUGCAGUGAUCGAUGUUUCAUCUAUCAGUGAGACAGACAGCACAUUCACCUGCUCCAAGUCUGAGUAUGGACAGGUAUCUGUCAUCAACACCAGGAAAUAUGGACAUGAGCAGCCAAGCCUCUCAGCAUGCAGCUUCAAACAACAAGACAUUCUGCCUGUGAGCACAUUAUUCAAACACACCUGUCACUCUGCCGCAGGUCAGAAUAAAGAUGAGAACACUCCCUCCAGUAUGUUUGAGCAAUGGGAAAAUAUUUUAAAUAUGCAUCUGCCUUUUAGCAACUAUGUUCCUGUAUUUGAGGAUAUUGCAUGUCUUCCCAUGGGACCCAGUCAUAGCUAUGAUAUGCAAAGUGACACAGAGGAAAUUAUUUGAUGGCCAUUAUAUAUAUAUAGGUAUAUAGGUAUAACUACAAUAUAUCAAAACUCAUUAAUACUGUAAGUUUUAGUUUGGACUUUGAGUAGAUUCUGUACAAGCAGUCAAAUGUUUUCACUUAAACCAAAACUCUGGAUCUUUUCAUAUUUAUUUGGACAAUUUUUUGCUAGUUUUCUCUGAGGACCUAUCCAUGUAAAGUUCAUUUUUGCAUGUUCAGAGCAACCAGAGGAUGAAUCUGGUGAGGGUCUUAAAAUGUGUAUCCCAUGUAAAGAUUACUAAGUUUGAUGUAAAUGUCUCUCUGAUUAUUCAUUUGUCACUAACAGUUCACAGCAUUACAGAACUAUCAAAAUU